AUGGCCGGCGGUAAGCCAGAAGUCUCCGAGGUUGGGUUUGUGGAAGCCUCGUCUCCCAAACCGAGCUUUGGGAGACGUGUGCUCAACCACUACAAGCGCUGGUGGUGGGUUCAUAUCAUCGUGAUCAUUGUGGUCGUCCUGGUGGUGACACUUCCCUUGGUGUAUGUUGGCUAUCCAAACAUCGCACAAGGCGACAUCAAUGAUUCCACAUUGGAGAUCAAGGAGAUGAUCAUCUCUGAUCCCACGCCGGAUUCGUUCUUCUUGACUCAGACACAGGUCAUCGGCUCGCACAGCAUGUUCCAUCCUACGAUCUAUGCCUUCGAUGCUACUGUCGGCUUGCUGGGCGCUGCAUCGUUCGCAACCGUAAAGGUUCCUCAGGUGAAAGCCAAUGACGGCACUGUGGUCCAUAUCAGCCAGGCCCUGGACCUGAGCGAUGUGGGUGCCUUUGGAGGAUUUGCUACGGCGGUCAUGCAGAAUGAGGAGAUCAAAUUAAACAUCUAUGGCAAGCCCGACCUGAAGCAGGGGGGCCUGCCUAAAAUCGAUGUGACUUACAACAAGACUGUUACUAUGAAGGCUCUCAACAAGCUCGACGGUUUCGCCAUCACGGAAAUGCAUGCCCUGUCCGGCAAGUCGUCGAAUGGCGCCAAUUUUGGUGGAACCGUGUACAUCCCAAACCCAUCUCCGAUGACGAUCAGCCUGGGUAAUGUCACUCUCGACCUCUCUUGCGAAGGAACCUCCAUUGGUACCUCAUACUUGAACGACCUGAAGCUGGUUCCCGGCAACAACACCCUGCCCAUGACAGCCGCCGUCAAACUGUCGGCAAUCGCACCAUUCUUCGAGAAGUACCCCAACGGUAUGCCUGUGUCGAUUUCAGGAAGCUCGACCAACUCGAGCGUCUACAACGGCCAAGCUAUCCCGUACUUUAGCGAGGCCCUGGCGUCGAAUACACUUAAUGUGAACUUGGACAUUGCUAAGUUGCUAGGCUAAUCGAUUGGUGAAGUUGUCGAGAGAUAUCCUCACCGGUGGAUAUAUAAACCACUGGGCUUUUCUUUUCACUUCUUGCCUUACGGGGCUACAUGUACAAUCCAGUGUUGAUACAUAUAUGCUAAUGUUAUGACGAUUGGAUGGAUUUAUUCCAUUUACUGUUGCACAUCUUCUUUCUUGACUCGUUAUGUUGACCAUGCGGUAGUGAUCGGCGACGGCGACAGCGGCAGACUCAAAUACAUAUGAUACCUUAUCUUCUCGUGCUGCUCCGUGACCUAUCUUCGCUUCGAAGGUGACUCCGAUGGGAGUUCUGUAGCCAGCUUUGAACCAAUCAAGUGAGAACCGUAAGUGCAAAGGAGAUAGGGCUUUUUGAACACGACCUCGCAAUCUGGA